UCACAACCAGAGCAGCUGAAGUCCCCCCAAACACACACACACACACACUCACACUCACAUCCACACCCUGAGUCAGAUGCUUGGUGUCUCUCUCUCUCUGAACUUCAGUGCCGCUCUCACUCGGCCAGCAGCAGAAACUCACACUGAGACUCAGAACAAACACAAUUCACCACUCGGUCCUCGGAUCGCUCCACUCUGAGAGGACUGUUGCUGCAGAGAUGGAUAGCAAAGCUGAUGUAAAGGCAAUGAGGGCUCGUUUCCAAGCGGGUGGGGCGAGCACUGAAGACACUUCCUCUACAUCUCUUGGACGCCCAAAACAACCCGUGCAAUCCACUCUCUCUGGUCCAACCGCCCAGCGUAAGCCUGUUUCAGGGAGCCUAUCAGGGGGUUUACCUCCCAAACCAUCUACUUUGAAAGCCACACCAUCCAGUAAAAAUGACACAGACAUCACUGAACCAAACAAAAUUAAAGCCAUGGCUAACAGGUUUGGCCCCUCCCAAGACGAGUCCUUGUCCCCCAACAAAGCUGUUAUUACUAAUAAACUGCAGUCAACCUUGAAGCCAACUUUUCCCCAAACUCCUGAUGCCAAAGGCUAUGCACAGAAAUCUCCUCUGAACAAACCCAGUUCUGAAAUCAAACCCGUGCUCCCAAAGCCUCCAGGGGUACCAACAUCCAAGCCCAGUUGGAUGAAAGAGGACACCAAUGGGGUUACAGCCUCAAACACCACCACCAACCAGCCCAUAUUACCAAACUUGCAACAAAAACCAAUCAGCAACGUCCGAAAAAUGUGGCAGCAGAGUGAAGACCAGGGAGAUGCAAACGCAGAGACAGUGAACAAACCUCCGCCUCAAGUAAAUGUUUCUUCUAAGCCGACCUCGAACUUCAAAUCUGCUCAGAAUAUGUUCAACAAGGAGAAAGACAUGUCUGAGUCGACAGAGAGCAGCAUGGCCAGCAAACGGCCCUUUGCUGCUAGCAGCACUUUCCCUCCUCCUGCUCCUCCGGCCAGUAAAAAGCCAAGCAUUAAAAAGCCAACGAAGUUUCCUCCUCAGGCCAAUGGGACAAACGACGAGGCUGGACCAAAACGUAACCCACUCCCUAACAGCUUAGCGUUGGGUCCCGCUCCUGCUAAACCAAACCGUCCUCCCAAAGUAGAACUGGAGCACUUUAAACACGGUGCCGAGGCCUCUGAGAAUGGUCCUGGUUUUAAGAAACCCACUGCCCCACCUCCUCCAGCUGCUCACCCCAUUACUCAGAAAAGUCAUGUGAUCCCCACCCAGUCCCUGCCACCACCACUGCCCAAUCUGCCCCCGAGGGAUCCUGGAAUCAUAAUCCAGGAAGACGUUUAUGAUGAUGUUGACUCUGCAGUUCCUCCUCCUCUGCCUUCAGCUCACCCGAGUCAGAAGCCUUUGAAGAACGAAAGUGAAAGUGAAGAUGAAACAUAUGAAGAUCUGGAUGACCGAUGGGAAGAAGCUGAGAAGCAAGAAAAAAAGAAGGAGGAUAAAGAGGAGAAAAGGCGACUGGAGGCUGCGAAGAAAGAGCAAAAAGAACGAGAGAGGAAGGAACAAGAUGCAAAGAAGAAGUUCAAACUGGUCGGACCUCUGGAGGUCAUUCAGAAGGGAAAGGCUCUCUUAGACUGCAGAGGAGGGAAAGUGGACCUGGCUACGAAGCAAGGAGACCAUCUGGACAUCAUACGUGUUCAGGGCAAUCCAGAGGGAAAAUGGUUGGCACGAUCUCAAGAUGGCUCGUUUGGCUAUGUUAAAACAACCUCAGUGGAAAUUGACUUCAACUCACUGAAGAGCCAUCCAGCUCCGCCGCCGUCAUAUGAUCCUGAAGUCUAUGAUGACAUCGAUGUGGCCUCGUCAGACAGCAGUGGAAUCAAAGGACCAGCAGUUGUCCUCCCUCCCCUACCGGACGAAGGGGGGGAAAUAUACGACGAUGUGGUUGAUCCAAGUAUGGAAGUCAGUUCCCUUGACUCGGGGUCCUCCCUCGUGAGACCCAAAAGCUUCCUGCGGAUGUUUGACCGAAAGACGCGCUGUGCCAGCUCUAAAGUAGUGCCUCCACCGAGCCAGUUUACUGCAGAUGGGAGUUCAGAACGGUCUGGAGGAGUGAUUGAUGAGGAUAUAUACGAUGAUGUUGACUCUCAAAUUGCACCUCCUCUACCCCCCCUCAUCAGCCUUCCAGGUAUGAAAGGCAGAAAUAAGGCUGAAGACACUGACCCAAAGAAGCAGAAAAAGUUUGAGAAAGAGGAGAAGGACUUCAGGAAAAAGUUUAAGUAUGAAGGGGAGAUAAAGGUUCUGAACCAAGUCAACAUCAUCCCUACACUCAGCCAAAAGAAAUGGAGCGGAAAAGAUCUGCCUGUAAAAGCUGGAGAGAAACUUGAUGUCAUUGAUAAAGCUCAUGAUGACAAGUGGAUCUGUCGGAAUGAGGACGGCAAACUGGGUUAUGUUUCAACCAGUCACAUUGUGAAUGCUGAUGAUGGAGAAAUAUACGACGAUAUAGGUGUGGAUGAUUGCAUCUAUGACAAUGACUAAAGCUCCGAUUAGGCCUGACAACACUGAACUUGUUUAAUUUGACCUUGUGUUAUUUAUUGUUGAUGGUAUACAUUGGGAGUUGCUGCAGGAUUUUUUUUUAUGUAUAAUUCAUCAGUUAAUAUGUAUAUCCAGACAUCUGGAGGACAGGCUAGCUUGAAGUAUUUAGAACAAUGCAAUGCUUUUUUAAAGAGUUUGCAGCUGCAAAAGAAAAUGAAAACAACCAAACUAAAGUAAUUUUAUUACUUGCAGGGAAAUAUGAAUGAAAGCAACAGUAUUUAAUUAUUUCUUUGUUUUCCUAACCUUUUUAUGUAUUUUGGAUUGUCUUUAAACUCUACAGUCACAGUUUUUGACAAACUAAUGAAGUUUGCUAUUUAUAUUUAAUACAAAAUGUGCAUUAUGUUGUGAUGUAUUUUGGCAAAGUUAAACAGAUUCAAAACAAAAUGCCUUUAAUAUUUUCUAAAUGAAAUGAAAACCUAAUUUUUAAAAUUGUUUCACUCGGGUCUAUUUUUAAUAAUUUGUGGAAGGCUUGAAACAGCUGCAGGAAGACAAGAAAUGAAACCUUGAAGCUUUCAUUAAAUAAUGUGACAAAAAUAAACACAUUUUUAGUACUUGCAAGCAAGAUUCAAGAGGGUUCGGGGGAAAAAAGACACAAAAAUUGUUUCUUUGGAUGAAGACUUAAGAAUGUCCAAGAUGAGAUAAGUUUCUAUGCAGUUCAUCCUAUAAGAAGGGACUGAGUAUCAUCUAGUGUCAGCCUGGAGGAACUACAUCAUUGACACAUUUUGCACAUUUGAAUUAUAAGUCUGAGUCUUUAGGUAGCAGUUGAAAACUUUUUAUGUGAAAAGAGUGAAUCAGAAAGUUCUGCAUCUUUGUCAAAUGUCCAUCUCACAUUGGCCCUAAUUAGUUAUUUUACCCAACCGGACUUAGAGGGCUGAUGUACUGCCUUAAUUCCUGGUCUGUUGGCAUUUUAUUAUAGUCUUUAAAUUAUUUAUGACUGUAAAUUUGUACUGGUAAAAAAUAAUUUGUGGCAAGGCAAACUUUCUGGAAAUUGUGUGCUAAUGGGUAUAAUGGAGAAUAUCAUUUUAAAUUUAAGUCAACUGUAAUAAAAAGUUAAAUUAAACAGUAGAAACAGAAACACUGAUUAUCUUUUAAUUCUUUACUUUUGUUUCCUUACAACUUUCCAGAAAACAGUUUCAUGUCUAAAUGCAUGUUUUCCUUAUGUCGAUGAUGUUUUCAUCGUCUGUAUGUUUUUAUAUUUUGUCAAAACAUAUGACCAGAACCAAUGUAUAUAACAAAUGUUUUUAAUAUAUUUUCUGUUGUCUCAAUAUCUGAUUGCUGGUGAAAAUAUAAAAAUUAAACACAUAUUAGUAAAACAAGAGAAUUGUCUUAUUUUGUAGUUAGUCUUAUUUAGAAAGGGUACUUCCGUUUCAACCGGAAGUGUUGUGCUGACUGAAUCCAUCAUGGUUCCUCCGGUCGCGGUGUCACCUGUCAUCAAGACAGCCAGAUGGUCUGCCCUCCUGAUCGGUGUGUUCUAUGGGAAACAGAGGUUUGAUUACCUGAAGCCCAUCGCCGAGGAGGAGAGGAGGACUGAGGAAGCAGAGAAGAAGCUCCGAGAGGAGCAGGAACGCAUCUACAAACAGCUGUCUGAAGAUAAUUCUGACACCAUCCUCCAAUGAACCCUUCGUGGACCAAUGACAAUACAUUAUAAACUCAAUAAAAACACUACAAGUCAUGUAAUAACUGGUGUAUUUGUGUGUUUUGUGUGAUGUCCUGGACUAAAGCAACAAGUGAUCAUCUGAAAAAUGUUCCACAGACCAUCAAAGUUUAACUCAUCAGCUGCAUCCAUAUUAAAUAAAUGACACACAGCCUGGC